ACAUACGUUAAUUCCAAAGUGAAACGAAGAAAUUAGAGGACUAGAGAGAAAAAGAGAGAGAAGAUCAUGAGAUUAGCAAGGAAGUCAGUUACUACCUUCGCCGUUUAUUUCAUCCUCUUUUUGAUUAUCUUUGAAGUGCCAGAGAUAUACGCGCAGGAUAGCAAGUGUCUGAAAGAAUACGGCGGUAAUGUGGGUUUCAGGUACUGUGCGCCACGGAUAUAUCCCUCGUUCUGUUAUCGAAAUUGCCGUAAGAACAAGGCCGCCGAGGGAGGAAGAUGCCGUUCAGGGGAGGCAGGAGCUGGUGGUAUGAAAUGUUUAUGCGACUACUGCAGCGACAAGCCUUAAGUAAAUCAGAUCGUUUACACACUUUGGCCGCAACCGCAAAUGCAAAUGCAGCUAUACCCUGUAGUUAAACCCUGUAUGUGUAACAAUAUAAUAACAAUAUAAUAAUGAACAAGUUAAAUAGUAUAAAACAAAGAAACGUACGCUUUUGUUUAAGUACUAAUUUGUAUAUAGUUUGGUCUAGCUGAUAAUUAAGUGCGACUAGGCUUCCGUUAUUCUGAUUUGCCAAGAGUGGAUAAUUUUGGUUUAAUUCA